CCCCCACCUCACCCCCCACCUCACCCCCCUUCCCCGCCCCGAGCCACAAGCGGUGCCUUUGGGAGACGCGCGGAGACCAGCCUUUAGGGGCUCCUGUCCCCUUUCCCGGGCCCCCCUUCCUUGGAAACGCGCCUUCGGAAUUGGGCCGCCGCCGCCGUCCCCUCCUUGUCCCCUGUGGGCCCCAGAAAAUGCCCCUCGGAAGGUUGCUCCGCGGAGCCAGGGUCCUCCCUGAGGCACCUUCCCCGGGGCCGCGAGCUUGGGGCCGGCCGGGGUCUGGGAUCACGCGGGCCGGGAGUUCUCGCGAGAGCCAGGUUCGCCCUCCGGGCCGCGUUUGAGUCAAGAAGGCGGUUUGUGAACACUGAGUUGGGCAGGUAGAGGCGGGGGCGCGGCCGCCAGAGGCCAGUCCCCGCGACCUGGCCGGCCGGUCUGGGGAAGGCAAGCCUAUGGAGUUUCCCAGGUGUGACUCGCCGACUCGGACUUUCUCCCGAGGCGGACGGGAAACGCCACGCUGCGGCCACUUAUGAACGCGACAGCAUUCCCCCGCAAGAACAUCAUCUAUUCAGAAAUCGAGGCCCACACUAUUGAGAAACAGCGGAAAGAAUUGCAACUGUUAAUUGGGGAACUACGAGAUCGGGACCGAGAGCUCAGUGAGAUGGUUCUGGCACAUCAGAGACAGCUUCUGGCAUGGGAGGAUGAUCGGCAGAAAGUGCUGACUUUGGAAGAAAGAUGCUGCAAAUUGGAGAAUGAACUGCAUAAAAGGAGUGAAGUAAUUAGAACCCUUACCAAGAGGAUCAAAAGCCUAGAAUGUCAACAAAACGACCACCAGGAUGUUCUUCACACAGCUCAGCAGCAGCUCCAGGAAAUGGCUCAAAAGGCUACCCAGGCUUCUCUCAUCUGUGAGGACCUCGAGGGAAAAAACAGAUGUCUCAACAACUCAGUGAUGGAACUUUCAGCACAGGUAGGACAGUUACAAGCUCGAGAACAGGCGCUCUCUACAAUGAUCAAGCUUAAGGACAAAGAUAUUGCUGAAGCAAUCAAUCAUAUUACGGACUGUUCGGGUAAAUUUAAGAUGCUAGAACAUGCCUUACAUGAAGCCAAAAUGGUGGAAUCCUGUAUUAUCAAAGAAAAGCAAGAUUAUAAGCAAAAAAUGAAAAUACUAAAGUUUGAAGUAAAUAAACUAAAAGAUGACCUGAAUGAAAAGACGAGUGAAAAUAAUGAGCAGCGAGAAGAGAUUAUUCGCCUCAAACAAGAGAAAAGUUAUCUUCAUGAUGAGUUGGUGUUUACUGCCGAGAGAGAAAAGAGAAAAGAACAAUUACUUGAUAUCGCAAAAUCGAAGCAAGAACGAACAGAUACUGAACUCCAUAAUUUGAGACAGGUGUAUGUCAAGCAGCAAAGUGACCUGCAGUUUCUUCAUUUUACUGCAGAAAAUAGUAGGGAUGACUCAAGGAUAGAUGACUCACGGAUCCAUGAAACCAGCAGAGAAUUGAGUUUCUCAGAUCUUGAAAAUAACAACCCCAAAAUCAUCAUUAAGAGAGAGGGAAAUCAGAAGAUAUAUUCUAAGGAUCAAGAAAGUGAAAGCUCCCAGGUUCAACAAUAUAGGACAGAAAAGGGUGGUUAUGAUGGAUUCAAAGAAGAGAAGAGAUUUAGUCCUUCUUUUGGAGAAGAGAUUAAUCCUGGGACUUCAACCAUGAUACCAAAAGAUAUACUAGAAAGACAAAGACCCCUGCUCUUGAAAGAUAAAGUACAUUUUAAUACAAUGACCCCAGCUGAGUCCAAAAGGAGAGGUCCAUUGGGCAGAUGUGCAAUGAAGUCAGCUAAGAGCAGCGACAGUGAGACCCUACCCCCGCCCCGGGAGCACCACCACCACCAUCACCACUUUGGAGGGCCCGAUUACAAGCAUUGUGAUCUAAAUAUCUAUGUGAGCCCAGGCUUGUCUAGAGCAAAGCAGAUGGAAAGACUGGAAAUGGAAUGUCACGACCAGAUGGAGGUGACGGAAAGCUUCUCCCAAUUCAAUGAAGGCUCUUUGAGUGACUCAGACAUUUGUGAAUCUAAAUGCUGCCAUCCAAGUAACUUCAUCAUUGAAGCCCCAGGGCGGAGCUCCGUUUCUGAUGUGGAGUGGAUGAAGAUUUUCAAGCCUUCUAAGGUAGAGAGAAUUGUUCGACCCAAAACUGUUUGCACGUGCGCCAGGAAUGUCUGUGGAAUCAAGUAUCACACCUUCAAAAGUCCGCCGAUCGCCUUCUGGCAUUCCCAACACACGAGCACCUCAAAUGUGAAGACCAAGAAUGAGGACAGAUUUGUAGAUUUCUCUUCAGAUAAAAGGCAUUUAUCGGCAUUUUUGCCCAGCAGCAGAGAACCUGCUUUCCAUCACGAUGACUGUUCUCCCACAAGUAAGCUUCAGCGCUUGCUGGCGGAAUCUCGAGAGAUGGUUACUAAUCUGGAACUUAGCACUCUACUCCCUGUUAGCCCUAGCAAUCCCAACCACAGUACAGACUUCUCCGACAUGACAGCUCACAGAGCAGCACUGCCCAUCAUUGAAGAAAACAGCUCUUGAGUCCAAUUUUCCGGGCGAUCAUGGAAGCAGAUUUCUUGUCUAUUUGGAAGAAAAAAAGCAGACAUUCCUGCAUAAUACUUACUUUGAAAGAAGAGGAUUAUAAUUCUUCAUAAGCAACAAACAGCUAAUAACCAAAGAUACCAGCAGCUAAAAGACCAUUUCUUAACACCUGAAUUUUGAAUGUUGUCAAGUUAGUAGUUUCCAAAUGUCAGAAAUAUAGAUAUAUACACACAUAUAUGUGUAUGUGUGUGUACAUAUAUAUAUUUUAUACAUAUAUAUCAUAUAUAUACAUACACACAUUUAUAUAUAUAAUAUAUAUAUAUAAAUAUAUUUACACACCUAGAUGCUAGGCCCUAUUUGUAUAUAUUUGUGAAACUGAAUUUGGUAUUAUGCUAAGAAAAACAUGACUGUUGUGUGUAAGGAUAGAUGCCCUCCCACUAAAUGUUAGCGUAGCCUUGGGAAAGGAUGAACAUCGAAGUGAGAGUCCCAGUAACUGGUGAGGAAUUGUAUAGAAUUCUCCACUCAAAUUUUGUUAAAUUGUCUGAACUAUUUUUUUCUUGGCUGUAUGGGCAUUUUAAUUUUUCCUGGUCUUUUACCAGGAUCAGCUUAUAAAUGCCUAAGAAAUGGCAUUCUCUUAUUAUUUUGGUGUUUUGGCUCUGGACUUUGCUAUGUAAAUAGACAUGAAAUAAUGUGCGAAGUGUUUUUAACUGGAAAGUACUUCCUGAGUGACUGAAAAUUGACGCCCUUCAGCCCCCAAACCGAGCUACGCAAUUCCCCUCCCAUAGUCUGGGGCCCCUUGUACACCAAAAGCUCGCUAGAAGAUCAAGUGUUAUGCGUGGUAUUUUAUUUUAUUUUUUACCUUCAAGGAAUGAGAACAGUACUGUAUUUAACUUGUAAAGUAAUUUUAUUUUUUGAAAAUAUGCCAUGUGUAUCUGUGUCUUCUAAGAGAAGCAACAGCUGCAUUCAAUGAAAAUAUUUCUAACAAUAAAGAGAAUGACCUUUCUGUA